AUAUAUGAAUAUAAAUUGAAUUAUAAAAAUUUCAAAAACAAUAAGAAAUUAAAAAAAAAAUUUUUUUAUAUUAUCCUGAAAUCAUUACUGGUAAUCUUUAAUGAUUAUGAAACAAUACUUCUUCAGUACAGGGUUAGAAAAAAAAAUUGUAACAAUCAAACUGUAUUUGUUAUUGUGUCUAUGCUCAUUCGAAAAAAAAAAUAUUAUCGAUAACUGUUUCAAAACUUAUAUUGAUCUGAUUCGCCUCGGUCAACCCCAUAGAAAACUAUUAUAAAUACAUAUACCUAGUCCUGUAUGUAAUCAUAAGACCUUCGAGAUUAAUAAAAUUCCUGAUUACGCUCACUUUAAAAUCGCUAUAUAGCCUACACACUUGCGUAUCAUAUCAGCGUUACGUAACAUUGAAUUGAUACGCAACGCUGAUAUUAUACGAUACACAGAUACCGAACAAGUACUUUUUUUAAAUACUCUGUAUUUGUUUCAACGUUCCGUAAGUGCGGAAUUUCCCAUUCGCAGUCCAUAUAUUGACCCUAACGUUUAAUCUGCUACAUCAAACAUUUUUUCUAUUCUUAUCACGAGUUUAUCUUGGAAUAUAACGAUUUUCACAAUGCAUGUCAUAUCACAUCAGUUUUCUUGGCGGUUGCAAACAGAAGAUACACAAACAAUUAUGCUUCGUUGGCGUGGUAAAACCGCAGUCGUUACCGGCGCUGGAUCCGGUAUCGGCGAGGCAAUUACACAUGCUCUUCUGCAAAACGGCGUGAACGUGACUGCUUUGGAUGUCCGGAAAGAACGAUUAGCAAAUCUUGAUGCGGAAUGUAAGCAGGAAGGUUCCCGAACCUUGGGCACGUUGCGUACUAUAUGCUGCGAUAUAAAUCGCGAGGACGAGAUCAAUGAAGCAUUCUCGCAAGUCGAGACGUUAGGUGGUGUAGAUAUUAUGGUCAACAAUGCACGCAUUAUCAGGCAAUCACAAAUAAUAGUAUUUGAAGAAUUCGCGAUCGAGGGCCGAUUAAAUGUCUGAUUUAAAAAUCUAAUUUCGAUUGCGAAUUGCUAUUAUGAUCGUUCAAAAACACAAUGUCUUACGCGGAGGAUUGUGUUUCUUGUUGGAAAAAGGAGAUUCCUAUUU